AUGGCGAAAAUCAGAGUCUCAUAUGAAUACUCGGAGGCGGAGGAUAAAAGCAUUCGUCUCGGACUAUUCCUCAUUGUCUGCGGUAUCCUAUCUCUCUUCAUCCUCGGUUUCUGCUGGCUUAGCCCCACCCUGCAAAGCAUGCAAAGCAAGCCGGCGAACUGCACUGUGAUCUCGGUCCGGAGACUCGAAGAGAUGUUCGAGUGCGUUUUCACGUGCGGCGCGGACUGUAAAGGCACGUCGCUUUACCCAUGCCUGCAGAUAUUUGUCAAUAACUCCGAGUCCAACUCCGUUGCCCUGCUUCAUUAUGAUGAACAACAGCUGGUACUGAAUCCGAAGUGUUCUUACGUCCCCAAAUGUGAGCGAGACAACCAGAAGAUGAAAGAUGAGGUCCUGCGACUGCAGCAUUACUGGACAGAAGAGGGAAGCAAUCAGUCUUUCACUUGCUUCUUCAAUCCACAGAGGAGGCCGGAUGACGUCCUUUGGCAGCGUUCCCAUGAUACCAGUGUGCUGUUGCACUGUGUGCUCUGGCCCAUGGUUAGCCUGCUAGUGGGUACGCUCAUCGUGCUGCUGACCGUCUGCGCCCGAAGCCUGGCUGUGCGAGCCGAGGCCAUCCAGAAGAGGAAAUUCUCAUAA